GAAAGCGUUACGCUCGGCCCCAACAAACCACAGUUAGUUCCAACCACACCACUCCGGUUAGCUCUCAGCCUCUCUCUCUCUCUCUCUCUCUCUCUCUCUCUCUCAAUAAUUCUAGGGUUUCAAAAAGCGAUCCUCUUGCUGUAAAUUCGGAUCUGAAUCGAUCGUCUCUCGUCACUGUUCGUUUUGAUGCGUAAUCGUCGAUCGUCGUACGAGCGGAAUCGGUAAAUGGAGACUCAGUGGAUGAUGGAAUUCCCUCACAAGAACAUGGAUAAGCGACCCAGGAAGAGGCCUCGUUUGACGUGGGACAUGGCCCCUCUUGUUCCCCCACCGCCCAAGGUCACCCAUAUAUACGUACAUAUAUACAACUAUACCAAUUCAUAUGUAUCGAUCUACUUAUAUGAAUGUCAAUUGUCGUUGUUAUUAUUUUUUCCGUAUCCGUGUUCGCAUCGUUAUUAUUUGUUUCGUAUCUGUGGUCGUAUCGUCAUUAUUUCACGAAAUUCGUUAUCACGAGUUGCGUAUCUAUCUCUGUCUCUGUGGAAUUUUUUGAAAUAUGGAUGAGAUAUGUUGUACUUAGAUUCAACUUGACUGCCUGUGUGUAUGCAGAACAAACCUUCUGAUUGAAAAGUAAUGAAACCGACAAAAUGCUUUCGCGCUUUUGGUGUUUUUACCUUUUUUUGUAGCUUUGCAGCAGAAUCUUGGUGUAAUUGUACAUGUUUGGAUCUCACAUUGUGACUUAAGUGCGGUCUACCUUCUGGUUUUGUUUAUUCAUUCUAUUUUGAUUUGUCCAAAGAAAAAGCAUUGCUUGAAAAUUUGAAAAUUUUGUUUGUAGUUGUAGCAAUAUGGUGGUCAAAGUGUCGAACCAAAUGAAUAUGUGACAGAAUCAAUUGUUUAGGAUUUAAAGUGCCUGUUUGCAUGCUGCAGAAUGAGAGUGUUUUACAUGUUACAUGCAUUUUAUGUCAAGCCUUUUCCAUGCCAAUAAAGUGAUGUCCUAAGGACGUAAAAAUAACCUCCAAAAAGGUAGUCAUUAAUAUUCUUUUGAAGCCUGAAGGCCGUGUCUCUGAUGUACUGAUUGGAAGUCUGUUUUCUUCAAUUUGAGAAAGCAUAUUAAUUAGUUGUAUUUGGUGUUAUCCCCAAAAACCAUAAAAUGCAACAAUUUGUUGGUCUUUGAGCAUAGGACUUUAAAGCUGAAUCCGUUGGUUAGGUUUAGGUGACUUGGUCUUUAACCAACUAUAAGUGGGAAUACCAAGGUGUAAAAAAUCGCGAAGAGUGGUAUCCAUUUAUUUAGAAAGCUCAACAUAAUCUAUUCAUGGUCCUAAUAAGUAGGGCAUUUAUGAGUCAAACAAGAAAGCAUUCUUUGUAAUUUUUUAUGAAGAGAAAAUAGCAUGGAAAGAAAGUUAGGGUUCAUUUUUCUAGUUGAGUUCAAUUUCAAAUUACAGUGAGACAUAAGUAGUUUUUAUGAGUAGGUUGCAGAAAUUAAAAUUCAUAAAAGAGAGUACCGGCAUGUACUAGGAUAGAGGGAGAGAGAGAGAGAGACCAAAUUGUCCAACUUCAAGUUCUUUCUUGUUGUGGUCUUCAUUGGAAGCUUGGAUUAAUUGUAGGUCCACGAGACCUUUCGUGUUGUGGUGUGGUCUUCAUAGGAAGCUUUGAAUGUAGGCUCAGACAAUUUGAAUAUGAUGUAGCCAAGGGCAGGGCAAUGCAGUCUAAUUCUGUUGUAUUUUCUCUCAUUUUAUCUUUUUUUACCAACUUCUUUAGUGUAUUUUCUUUUUUAAAUCCAGAUGACCCCUCCCUCUUUCGUUCGUUUACUAGUUGCUAUGAGGUUUUAUGAUGGAUUGCAAUCUGGUAAAACACAAUUGAUAGCAUCAUAAUGGCUUCCUUAUUGACACGCGGUUUCUGAUGACCCCUACACAUUGACCUUGUUAGUAGUAAAAACUGCACGUGCUAUGCACCUGAAAUUUUCAAUUGAUGUGCACAUUUGAUAUCAUCUUAAUGACUGACUUGUUGAUACGUGCUUUUCUAAUGACCCCUAAACAUUCUUUCUGUUAGAAGCAAAAUGCGCGUGCUAUGUUGUCAAUUGCUGUAAAAAAAAAUUUACCUUGAGGCAUAGUUGUCAAAGGAAGGCGCGCCUAGGCGCGAGGCAUAUCCGCACAGGGUUGGCUCCUUGAUUGAGCCAAGUGAGACACCUUCAAUGAAGCGCAGCCAAGGCUCGCCUAGGUGAGAAAAGCGAGAAAUGAAGGCGAGAAAAGACUUGCCUCUUUCUAUUUUAAUCACAACCCUAGGAUCAAAGCCAGGUUAAACGUUUUACCUUCACUCCUUUACCCUUGACUUCAGUCGAUCGAAAAUCUCUCCUCUCUUUAUCACCAGAAACGACAUCUCCAUCAUCGGUCGAUCUUCUCUUCUCCUCUCCUCUCUCUCUAUUAUCAGUCGAUCUUCUCUCUUCGCGUAUAUAGUUGACAUAUAUUAUUAUACUAUAUAUGGAAACGAAAAGGCUUUUUAAAAAAAAAAAAGUUUUCAGAAAUAUAUGUGUGUACAUAUAAUUAUACUGCAUAAAAGCCUUUUUUUAAUGUUUUCAGAAACAGUACACUUUUUAUGUGUAAGGUUAUAUAGUAUCGGUGUAUGCUAGUUUUUCUAUUUUUUUGCCUAGGUGCGUCUUGCUUCAAAAAGGCGCGCUCCUCACCUAGGCACCAACAAAUCUUUGCGCCUCAGUGUUUCUCUCGCCCUUAACAAUGAUACCUUGGGGAUUGACAUCGAAUUGUAUGUUAAUGCAGUGAUUGGGAUGUAAAGGGAAGCUUUUGCUUUAACCCUUUCGAAGCAUCCAAUACAAAACUGGUUGGCUAUGAGUGGGCAAGGUUGCUAUGCUAUACACAUUUAUGGCAAACAAAAAAGAAAGCAAAUAGUGCAAUGCAAUAUUUUAUCUGUGGGUAUGAAGUCCCAUAUGCGAUUCAUUAUAUUCUAACGCAAAGUUGUUAAUACACAUCCGGAAUUCGAAACUCGAAGAUAUGCCAAAUGAAUCAAAGAAGCAAACAUGGUUGAUUAUUGUAAACGGAUGCAAGAAGUACAUGUUGUGGGCCUUGUCACUGAUUAAGAAUAAAAAAAAGAAUGGGUAAAAGAUCAGGGCUCCUUUCCAAGUUAAUGUGGACAAAGAGUAUAUUUUGUGGAGGAGUUCAGGCUCAAAUGAUUGAGUCAUCCAUGUUAAUGAGGACAGUUUUAGUGUUAAUUACAAGUUUAUCAUAGGCAGACAUACUAACGAGUAACUAAUGGCUCAUUGGAUUGAAAAUUCUCCCAUUAUCCUCUUCACCUUUUCAUUUGUAUCUCAUUCAAUGUCUACCAUCACGAUGAAUGCUUUAGAUGUAGUAGGAGCCCACAUCUUUUGAGGUUCCUAUUGGUGGAAAAGUUGGCACAUAUCCUUUCCACUCAAGUAGAACAACACAGAUGGCGAAGCAUCGAGAACUAUCAUUGCUUGUACAUAGGGUAAUGUGGCGACCACCAAUUAAUCAAAUUGAAAGGGGUAGAAAUAGGAUGAACACCAUGAGAUGGAAAGAGAAGAAAGGCAUACAUAACCCAAGGGAAGCAUGAAGAUGAGAAGUUCUUGAAUGGAAGGAAGCGAAUGAAUUGUUUAAUAUGGGGGGUGGGGGUGGAAAUGCCGCCUUUGAAAUGGUUCUUAUUUGUUGUCACAAAGAGGGACAUAAUGGUUCGUGGAGAGUAAGUUUUGUUAUGUCAAUUCCACGUGUUUUGUUUCCAAUUUGCUCCAAGAAAUGUGUUGUUUUGAUCCAAAGGGAGAUGUUUGCUCGACCGAUCAAUUGGAAAUUAACACUUAGGAAAGGUUAGUUUUGGGAUAUAAAAGUGUACGAAACACCCUCUCCUUCUUCACUUUUAAUAGUAGAUGGAUAGAUGGAUUGAUCGAUAGAAAUCACACGUAUGAGUUAUCACACCCAUUUCUGUCCUUGUACAAGAACAAACUAUUUGAGUAUAACCAUCAUUAAGAUGAAUUCUAGAUGCAAGAAUAGGGCUGAAAAACGAACCAAAGUAACCGAACAUGUGUGAAGUAGUAGGUAGUUCAAGCUUCUUUGGAGAGCUUGACGAGCUUCAAAGAUUGUUCAAGCAUGGUUUGUUUAGGCAACGAAAUGAUCUCGAACGAGCUUUUGACGAUCAGACAAGAGUUCCAACUUGAGUAGCUUGGUUCAUUUAUUAGCCCUGUGCAAGAACUCUGUACGGCGUGGCAUAGACCCGUGUUACAUGUUCUUCGGUAUGAGUAUCAAGCCUGAGUUUGUGUCUAGGUAUUGGACCUCCCUAAAUCCCUAGUCUUAGGAUGAUAUGUAUCCAAAAGUGGGUAUGGAUACAUGGACUCUUUGUGAACAAUAAAAUACAUGAUACUAGCAUUCUACCUGUUCUAUGCACAGGCGAGAUUAACAUGCACGCCCGACAUAAUAGGUAGGAUGUGGACUAUAAUUUUACACGCAUAAUAUAUCCAAACGAAAAAAGCCCGUUUUUGAAUGCUGCACCUUGCUUGUAGCAAAAUAUGUGGAGGUUAACAUCAGUGGCUAGUGGGAAAUGAAAAUGUCAGGAACGAAAUUAUUUGGAGAACCUAAGCCUGAAAAACUUAAUCAGUUCCUCAUAAAUGCGUAGGUAGUUUGGAGAUGGGAACCAACCUUUGAGCAAUUUCCAAUAGGUAUGUGCUUCGUGUACAAAUUUUCGCAACAAUUGGAGCCAUACCUGAUACUUAGAAAUCUGCGAACAAAUUCUUGUAACAAAUGGAGGCAAACUUGCUACUUAAAAUUCUGGAGAAUGUGAAAUGUGAAUUUCGUGGCAAACCAUCAGUGGGGGAAAACUGUGAGUUUUCGUGACAAACCAUCAGUUGGGGAAAAGUGUUAGACUUGCUGAGUGGAGGAAGAAUUAGAAUUGAUCAUGUGACAAUCUCGGAGGAUGUGGAAUGUGAAAUUUCAGUUGGGAGGUGGGAAUAUAAGUGUUGUCGGCAAACUUAGGUAACUGUUUUCCGACUUGUGGGGGAGAGACGUGGGAACCAAACAAAGAUUGGUUCAAGGUUAGUUCUUGUAGUGGGUCCGUUUUGAACGUAGGUUCUUGUGUUUUGUUUUUUUUGUUUGGCGUUUGGCGUUUGGUUGAGACAGGUGAACGUGAUGGGUUUUCUUUAUUGUUUAAAAAAGUGAAAAAUCCUGGAAAUUAGGAAUGAGGGUUUGGAGGCUUGUGGGGCUCAAACACAUUUGCUUAUAGUAUGUAUUGAUGAUUUGGUAUAAAGAUGUACUCCCUCCGUCCCAAUUUGUUGCACCUAUUUUGACUUUCACGUAAUUUAAGGAAAGAUCAUAAUUACAUUGACUGUGUCAAUUUUACCAUUUUACCCCUUUGUAAUUUAUGAAUUUUUGUCAACUUUCUUUUCAUGUCAUUAAUUUGCUCCGCUUUUCUUUCAAAUCAAGUUCAAAAUUUGAAUUUGAGAGGGAGAAAUGAGGGGUAAAAUGGUAAUAUGGACAUCCAAAAUUGGAAAGUUUUGAAACAAGCACAUCAUUUUGGGACAUUCCAAAAAGGACUAAGGGCACAACAAAGUGGGACGGAGGGAGUAAUUGAAUAAGGAUGAACCUGAAAUCAUAUAAAAUUCAGGGAUAAAAGGUUAUUUUUCUUUGACACCAAUUGUAAAUUUCUUCCUUUUUCAAUCAAGGCCCGUAACUAGAGGAUCCAAGUGUCUAAUUUGGUUAUGAGUGCCAGAUAUGUUUAUGGUACCUUGCCCUUUUUAUUGCCAUAUGUGGUAGGUGCAGAACGAAAAAUAGAAGAGUUCAUAUGACAAUAACAUUGAUUGUAGUAUCUUCUCUUCUAAAGAGGUGAUCAUAUGAAUUUUUCUCCAUCAAUUGGUAGUAUGCAACUAUAGGACUAUGUCCUAUCACACACAAGCAUUGCUUUGUUCUUACGCAGAAGCACAAAUACACUACAACGUAUUGUACAUGAUGAUGUGGUUGGACCUAUGGUCGUUGUGGUUGGCUUGUUGACGCAACUAAGAGACAGUGGUGGCCAAUAUACAAUACUUGGGUUUGGUUAUUGAGGAGUUUAGUAUGACAACGGGAUAUCUCAUUUGUCUAAGCAAAAAUCAAAGAACUUUAUCGACUAGGAUUCGAUUGUAGCCCUACGUUUGUACAACUCGUGAAACGUAGAGGGAGAUAGAGAGAACGAGCAAGAGUUUCAAUAAAACAAUAGAAAAGGGUAUUUAAGUAACCCAAGGUUGAGAAUGAGCAAGAGUUUCUCUUCUUUCUUCUUUCUUCUUCUUCCUUUUUUAUUUUGUGGCGGGGGAGGGGGUGCUCUGCCCAUUGGUGCAUGGUUGUUGGGUGACGAAGUCUGCUUGCAGUCUAGCUUCCAUUAUCUCCUUCGGUCUUCAUCUGAUCUUUGGCUAACUAUGGAGUUUCUCUAUGGAUAUCAACUAACUACAAAGGUCCUUCCAGCAUUCUAUUGUGGGCACGAGUUUACGAAUGGGGCCGUUCCUAAUUAUGCUUAUUCUUCUGUAUAUUACAAGGGAGUGCUCCGCAAUGGAUCCCCUCCUUGGAGACCAGAUGAUAAAGACGGGCAUUAUGUGUUUGUAGUUGGAGAUUACAUAACUCCUCGUUACAGGAUUCUGAGCAAAAUGGGUGAAGGGACUUUUGGGCGAGUCCUGGAAUGUUUAGACAAUGAGAGGAAAGAGAUCGUGGCAAUUAAAAUAGUGCGUUCAAUACACAAGUACCGCGAAGCUGCCAUGAUCGAAAUUGAUGUUCUGCAAAAACUUGCGAGGCAUGAUAUUGGUGGGACACGUUGUGUGCAAAUACGGCAUUGGUUUGACUAUCGUAAUCAUAUUUGUAUUGUAUUUGAGAGGCUUGGACCAAGCUUGUAUGAUUUUCUCCGCAAAAAUAGCUAUCGUUCAUUUCCCAUUGAUCUUGUCCGGGAGUUUGGCAGACAACUUUUGGAAUCUGUAGCAUUUAUGCAUGAUUUACACCUAAUUCACACUGAUCUGAAACCAGAAAACAUUCUUCUUGUUUCAUCAGAGUAUAUUAAAGUUCCAGAUUAUAAGUUUCUAACUCGAUCCACUAAAGAGGGUUCCUACUCCAAGAAUCUGCCAAAGUCAAGUGCUAUUAAGCUAAUUGAUUUUGGGAGUACUACGUUUGAACAUCAGGACCAUACUUAUGUGGUGUCAACACGUCAUUAUCGUGCACCAGAGGUUAUUCUUGGCCUUGGAUGGAACUAUCCUUGUGACGUAUGGAGUGUGGGUUGCAUACUUGUUGAGCUAUGCUCGGGUGAGGCCCUUUUCCAAACACACGAGAACUUGGAACAUUUGGCUAUGAUGGAGAGGGUGUUAGGGCCACUGCCGCCACAUAUGAUUAUUAGAGCAGACCGCCGUGCUGAGAAAUAUUUCAGGAGGGGUGUGCGGCUAGAUUGGCCAGAGGGUGCGACUUCAAGAGAAAGUAUGAGGGCAGUUUGGAAAUUACCUCGUCUACAGAACCUGAUAAUGCAGCACGUGGAUCACUCCGCUGGUGAUCUGAUCGAUCUCUUGCAAGGGCUUCUGCGUUAUGACCCUUCAGAGCGGAUAAAAGCAAGGGAAGCUCUUAGGCAUCCUUUCUUCACAAGAGAUAUGAGAAGGUGUGGCUUUCCCUUGUAACUGUAUCUGUCACAUACAUGCUUUUAUGAGUGCAAGUGAUUCGGUCAGGGAAAAUAUUUACGAAAGCAAAAGAGUUGAAGAGUCUUGGCUUCAACGUUCCGUCUGCUUGUAUUCCUGUUCCUGUAAAGUGUCUACCUUCUCCCUCAUUUCUCCCCUCAUUUUUAGUUUUUGUUGGCUAAAUUUGGAGUGACCUGAAAAGUUCUGGCUUGUUUCGCUUCGUGGGUGAAAAAGUUAUUAUUCAAAUA